CUCCUUGGAAUGGAGCCGGUGCCACCCCCUCCAGUCUCUCACCUGAAUGGCAACUGGCACUACCAGUUCCGGAUCAUCCUGCUGGGGGAUUCCACCGUGGGCAAGUCCUCCCUGCUGAGGCGCUACGCUGAGGGGUCCUUCAUCCCGGCUCCCUGCCCCACCGUGGGCGUGGAAUUCUACAGCAAGAUGAUGGAGCUGCCUCCAGGCAUCAAGGUGAAGCUGCAGCUUUGGGACACAGCUGGCCAGGAGAGAUUCAGAUGCAUCACCAGGUCUUUCUAUCGGAAUGCUGUGGGUGUGCUGCUGGUGUUUGACAUGACCAACCGUAAGUCCUUCGAGCACAUCAUUGAGUGGUACCAUGAAGUGGCCAGCAUCCAGAUUAUGGAGAAGGUCAUCUUCCUCCUGAUUGGCCACAAAAGUGACUUGAAGUCAGACUGCAGAGUCUCCACUGAGGAGGCAGAGGGGCUGGCAGCCUCCCUGGGCAUAGGGUUCAUUGAAACAUCUGCCAAAAGCAACACCAAUGUGGACUUGGCCUUCGAGACCUUGACCAACACCAUCUAUGAGGCUCUGAAGAACAAGGAGAUCGAUCUGCAGGAAGGCUGGGAUGGGGUGAAGGUGAUUCAUAAGAGAACCUGCAAUCCCCAGAAGAAGAGGCGAAAACCACAAGAAAAAUGCCGAUGUUAACCUAGAAGUUAGGGACUAGGACCUGGUGUAGGGAUGGAAUUGGUGGAGAAGGGACUGGAUGAGCCGAUUCAGAAAUAAAUUAGGGAUGGGCCUGAGAUGCAAAGUUGCAGGAUCGGGGGAUGGGAGUUCUCUAGGGAAAAUAAAAACCUCCAGGACUUGCUUUCACCCAUUGUAGUAGGUGACUUCCAUCAGAAUAAUAAAAAGUGCACUACUGCCCCCUAUAGGUGGAGAACAGGGAAUCCAGGACCAGUGACCCACCACUGACUAGCUGCUAGAGGCUUUCCCUUGGUUCUUAGCAGGGGAAAUCCCUUUUAAUACACUGCAGG